UUUUACUUACUACUGCUAAGUCGUAACCCUUGUUUGCUGCAGCAGAGCAAACCCAUAAAACAAAGGCCCGUCGUUUGGCUACUGGUCGCUUCUUCCAACCCUCUGCUCUUUCAGAGAGAGAGAGAGAGAUGCCUCAAGCUGAGUCUUUUGGCCUCUCUUUCUUUAUCUUCUUCUCUGUUCUAUAAUGAAACCAAGAUCUGAAAAACUAUUCUUUGGUGGAGAAAAAUGGCUUUGAAUCAUCAAAACCCUACAUUCGUUGUCGAUGCUCUUUAUUGUUCAGAAGAGAAUUGGGACGAAGAAGUCGGAGAAGACCAUUUUCUAGAGGUAGAGGAAGAAAGUUGUUACAAUAACGGGAUUAAUAAAUCAAACCCUUUUCCAAUCUUGUUAGAACAAGACUUAUUCUGGGAAGAUGAUGAACUUUCCUCUUUACUUUCAAAGGAAGAGCAAAAUCAACUGUACGAUAGCCUUCAAACCAAUGGGAAUCCAGCUGGGGCUCGCCGUGAAGCUGUGGAAUGGAUGUUAAAAGUCAAUGCUCACUAUUCCUUCUCUGCUCUAACUGCUGUUCUUGCUGUCAACUAUCUUGAUAGAUUCUUGUUUAGCUUCCGGUUCCAAAAUGAGAAGCCAUGGAUGAGUCAACUAGCUGCUGUAGCUUGUCUUUCUCUUGCAGCCAAAGUGGAGGAAACCCAAGUUCCUCUCCUAUUGGAUCUACAAGUGGAGGAGAACAGGUAUGUGUUUGAAGCCAAAGCUAUCCAAAGAAUGGAGGUUUUGGUACUGUCCACUCUUCAAUGGAAGAUGAACCCUGUAACCCCACUUUCAUUUCUUGAUUACAUUGCAAGGAGGCUUGGACUAAAGGACCAUCUUUGUUGGGAAUUUCUUAGGAGAUGUGGCCGCAUUCUGCUCUCUGUCAUUUCAGAUUCUAGGUUUAUGUGCUACCUUCCUUCUGUAAUGGCCACUGCUACAAUGCUGCACGUUGUGGAUAGUGUAGAACCUAAUCUUAGAGUAGAAUACCAAAACCAGCUAUUAGGCAUCCUGGGAAUCGAUAAGCAGGAGAAGGUAGAUAAAUGCUGUAAGUUGAUAAUAGAAUUGGCAACAAGAGUCCAAGGCAACCAAUCAAACAAGCGCAGGUUUAGCUCCAUUCCAGGAAGCCCAAAUGGCGUAAUGGAUUUGUCGUUUAGUUCUGAUAGCUCAAACGACUCCUGGGCAGCGGCAUCAUCUGUGUCUUCCUCACCUGAGCCUGUGUCCAAGAAGAGCAGAUCUCAACAAGAGCAGCUUUUGCGAAGGCUAAGCCAUGAUCCUUCAGACUUUCUCAGCAUUCCUCGCUAAUUUCCCUCUUCAAGUCCUCGCUUCUUUUUUUACCUCUCCUGGACUAUAAAUAGUCUUAUGUAAUAAUAUUGCUGUUCUUUUUUAUGAUGCAAGUUAAAUUGCUUACCAUCUCUGCAUUUUCCAAUUCAGAAACCCCCAAUUGAGUCAGAUCUUCAGUUUCUGAUUCUUGGUCGUCUCUUUAGGGUGAUUGGUGCGGAGAUUUGGAAGCAGAGAUGGUUUGCAUUUUAUCAGGGUGAAAGUAGAAAAAAAAAAAAACAAAUAUGAACAUAGCAAUGCAGAGUCCUUGCAUUAUAAUGUUAGGCCUUUUUGUUUUA